AUGCAGAAGGAGGCCUUUACGUGGAGAUACAUCCAGGAGAACUACCAAAAAGGAGAGCUAUCUGUGCACAGGACUGCCUCCCCAACGGGUGAUGAACAGAAUAGAAAUAUAGACCCCCCGCAGAACUGCGAAACGGAUCAACGUUCGGCGGAAGAAAGACAGAGCUAUGUAGAUAUCAUUUGUCCCCCACCGAAGAUUGUCCAAAAAGAGUUUAACCCCCCUACGGAUGGCGCGAAGUUCUCCUACUUGCAACAGUACAACAUCACCCUGCUUAGCAUAAUUGCCAAAAAGAUAAAGUACAUGGAAAAGAGGAACCAUGUCCAUGACUUAGGGCUCAUACUCGAGGGUAUCAACACCCUUCUGCAUGUGGAAAGGAGCUCCGGGGGACAGCUCUCCAGCUUGAUAAAUCCAAGGGAGGAAUUUUUAAAGGACGUCAACUCGAAGGAUAAGGACCACCCCACUGGGGUUAGCCAAAAGAUGUAUCUCCUUCUCUUUCUUGACUUCAUUUUUAACUUUUUAAAAAACGUGAAAUUUGAUCCCAAGUCCAUCUAUAGGAUGACAAAAAAGGGGGAAUCUCUUGGGGACCACUUCCUUAAAAUUCUAUGCCUAUCCAGCAGCAUUAGGCAGAUACUAACGAGUGGGGGAAGAAGUAGUGACAACAGGAAAGGUCCCCAACACUAUGGUCCCUAUGUUGUGUGCACCAAUGAUAUGCCCCUCUAUACAGACCAAGCCUCGAAACUAAUCAGUAGGGUAAAUAAAAACAUCGGUCUGCUGACGAGCGAGGUAAUUCUAAAUGCCCCCAAUUAUGGUUUGCCCACCCGUUUGGAAAUGAGUCACCUGCCCAAUGCCUACAUGGCUUACCUACUCAAUGACGUCUACCUACAGAGCAACAGCCAAGUGAAAAAAAUGACUCUUUCGCAUUUCGUGAAGAAGAGUGAAUCGUCCCAUUGGGGGAGCCAACCAGGUGAGAGGCAAAUAUACUUGGAAUAUAUCACCCUCUACAAUUUUGUGAAAAUCUUCAAAGGGGACAUUAACCGAGCGGAAAGGGGAGAAGUGGAAGGGGGAGAAGCGGAAGGGGGAGAAGCGGAGGGGGGAGAAGCGGAGGGGGGAGAAGCGGAGGGGGGAGAAGCGGAAGGGGGAGAAGUGGAAAGGAAAUACGCAGAAGGGAAAGACGCCGAAAGGAAGUACACAGAAAGGAAAGACCCAGAAAGGAAAGACGCCGAAAGGGAAAGCGAAAAAUGGGUUGAGAAGGUUUUCCCCUUUUUUCGGACCUUCCUGGAGAUCUGCACAAGUAUGAAUGGCGUCCAAAAUGGCAGCGAAAAUGGCGGCGAAAAUGGCGUCCAAAAUGGCAGCGAAAAUGGCGGCGAAAAUGGCGGCGAAAAUGGCGGCGAAAAUGACGCCACAGAAAUGUCGCGUCACCACCAGAUGAAGCAUCUCCUCCAUGGGCUAAACAAACUGUGCUACUUCUACAUGCUGUGCAAAAGGCACAUCACGAAUGCCAAUUUCGUGGCACUUGCAAAUUGUAACUUCUACUUUACAUUUUCAAUAAUCAAUUGGCACAUCGAAAAAUGCCUGAACAGGUCAGAACUUUUUUUCCCCCAUUUUGUCAACAUGUGUGUAGAAAAGAUAUCCGUCAUUGUGGGCACUCUCAAACGUUUCGGCUUACCAGCGGAGGAAGACUUGGCCAACUGCCUCUCCAAAUUUAUCACGCUGACCCAUCUGUGCAUGACUGAAGAGAACAGGAAGAGCCUCCUUUUUUAUGUGUUGCCCUAUGUGGAGCGCGCGAGAAAGGACGUUGGCAAGUUGGGAAGCCUUUUAGUGGAACCCCCGUCUGGUGACACCCACUUUGAAGAAGCCCCCUCUGGUGACCCCCACUUUGAAAAAAAACCGCCUGGUUGCACCCAUCAAAACUUGCACCACAUGGAAAAACGCAUCGCAGAGGUACUAGCCACAUUCGAGGAAAAACAAUUCACCCCCAUCGACAGUAAGAAGUUGUACGAACUUCUACACGAACUGCUACACGAAUUGCGACAUGAGCAUGUGAGGGGGAGUCUCCUACUUAGGAAGGAAAACCAGAUCCUGAGAAAUAAGUUAAAUUAUAUCAUGCUCAAUUUUGACUCAUUUAUUAAGGCACAUAUUACCCAAGUAGUUGCAGAACAGGAGUGGCUUUUUGCUCACCAUGAUGAUGAGGGGGAAUUAACUCAGACGGGAAAAGACACCCCGCGUGUUGCACUCCAUCCCGAGGUUCACAUGCAUGGAAAAGGAACCACCGAGGGAGAUAACUCCAUUGGGGGGGUAGUACCUGCAAAAGAUGUUGACGAGGAGACUGCUCCGGGAGGAGAUCACUCAGAUAGACAAACCAAACUAGGACUCCACUUCGACUACGGAUACGUCAGUGCCAAAAAUGAAUAUUUUCGACAGCUACAAAAAUACGAACGUGAAGAUUACAAAAAAAUUAACAACGUUCUGAUAAAUAUGUAUCUGUGCAAUCCGUACAUCUGCUCCAAGAGCAAAGAUGUUGUCCUCUCCAAUGGUAAAUCUCCAAAAAAGGUAAUUAUUUUGCCACAGGACACGUAUCGAAAUAUACACAAGUUGGUCGUUGCCGGAGAGAGCGGUGAGAGGCUGAAACUGCUGAGGCGUGUGCACAAUUCGGUGUACCUAUUCUUCAUCCGGGUGAAGUUUUUUUUCAGCAGGUUGAGUUAA